CCUCAAACAAAGUCUCAAGACACUGUCCUUGGACACCCUAACUCUCCUAUUUUACCCACUCCGUCUCUUGUGUCCAGCUACAGUCCUCCAUUGUGCAGGCAGACGCCAAGAGCUCCUGCGCAUAGCCGUUUAUCGGACCUUAUAAGGAGCUGCCAGCGCCAGCUUUCUUCGACUCCAGUGCGCCGCUCUCACCUGUUACAUCAACAGCAUCAUGUCCAGCUAUGACGACCGCGACUCUGGCUCUGAUGAUGAGCCAUUCAAUCCCCAAGCCGAGAUCGACGAGGAUGACGUACCUACGAACAGCGCGCCUGUGCGCCGGCCAGCUGUCACAGACGACGACGACGACGACGACGACGAUGCGGCUCAGGGAGGCAACAAUGAUGAUGACGAUGAGGAGGGCGGCGAGGGAAACGACGAUGACGAUGAAGAGGAUGAAGAAGAGGAUGAGGACGAGGACGACAUCGUGACACGGCCCGCAAAGCGGAGGAAGAAGGCCAAGCGCAACAUGUUUAUUGAUGUCGAAGCCGAAGUCGAUGAGGAAGAAGAAGAGGAAGACGAGGGCGACGACGAUAUCCAGGACGAAGUACACCCUGACGACCUCCUCGAAACCACGAACGCCGACCUCGACGACCGCCACCACCGUGAGCUUGACAUGCGCCGCGAAGUGAACGCACAGAAGGAUGUUGAAGAGCUUGCGAAGGAGUUCGAUGAGAAGUACCGCCGCAGGGAAAUGCAGAGCGCCCGUCGAGGCGCAACUGGAGCUGUACCCUUGGCUCUUCCAACCGUCAACGAUCCUUCGAUCUGGAGUGUCAAAUGUCGGCCUACGAAGGAGCGCGAAAUUAUCAUGAGCAUCCAGAGGCGCAUCGACGAGAAGAUGCGUGCCAAGCAGCCCGUCAAGGUUUACUCGGCCUUUGAGCGUGGUCCAAACGGUCCGCAGUCUGGAUACCUUUACGUGGAAGCCGAUGCAAAGCAGGAUAUGUUGGAGAUCAUUGAGGGUAUCUCGAACGUUUUCAUGAGUGGUGAGAUGCUCUCGAUCGAUGUGAAAGAGCGCCCAGAUCUGCUCCGCAAGAAGAGGAGACCACCGCUGGAAGUUGGAAAGUUUGUGCGCAUGAUCCGGCCACCGACCUACAAGGGUGAUCUGGCGAAGGUUGUUGAGGUUUCCGGUAAUGGUCUGGACUGCAUUGUGCAGGUUGUUCCUCGUCUCGAUUACGGUCUGAACGAAGACACCAACGCGGCUGUCGACAACAAGCGGAAACGUGGAUUCUUUGGACCGAAAGUCGAGCGCCCACCACAGAAGCUGUUCAGCGAAGCCGACGCAAAGAAGAGACACAUGAAGCAUCUCACCAUGGCUGGUUCUGGAGCGCAAAGGCAGUACACAUACAAGGGCGAAGAUUAUGUUGGCGGUUUCUUGGUCAAGGAAGUCAAGGUCAACUGGGUCUCUGCUGAGCGCGUCAAUCCAAAGAUGGAGGAGUUGCAAUACUUCUCCACACAAAACGCUGACGGCACGGAGACACUGGACCUCAUCGCUGUUCAAGCUGCGCAGAAGGCCGCCGAGACCGGUGCUGCUUUCGCCUCCGGAGACAACGUUGAGAUUUACACCGGUGAACAGAGGGGGAUUCGCGGUACUACUGUCACAGUCACUGGCGAGAUUGUCACGCUGCGAGUUAGCGAGGGCGAGCUUAAAGGCCGCAAGAUUGAUGCGCCUGUCAAGACGUUGCGAAAGCUGUUCCGCGAGGGUGAUCACGUCAAAGUCAUUGGAGGUAGCAAGUACGUCGACGAAGUCGGUCUUGUCACCAAGAUCAGGGACGACAAGAUCACCCUGCUUUGCGAUUCGACACAGCAGGAAAUCACAGUCUUUAGCAAGGACUUGAAGCGUGCUGCCGAUUCUGCGACCGUGGGCGCCGACUCCAACUUCGAUCUUUACGACCUUGUGCAAAUUGAUGCCUCAACCAUCGGUUGCGUUGUACGAGUCGAUCGCGAGGUCCUGAAGGUUGUGGAUCAGCAGGGCGACGUGCGCACACUCCUCCAUACACAAGUUUCUCAGGUCGCAGGCAGAAAUCGAAACGCCGUGGCUACGGACCGCGAUGGAUCCGAGAUUCGACACGACGACAACGUCAAGGAAUACGGCGGCGAAAACCGACAAGGCAAGGUCCUUUACAUCCACAGGGGUAUACUUUUCGUUCAGAACCGCGAAUUGGUCGAGAACCAGGGUAUCUUCGUCGUCCGCAGCACAAGCGUCCUUACUAUGGCCGCCAAGAGCGGACGAGCCCAAACACAAGAUCUCAGCGGCCUGAACCCAGCCCUGAAUGCUGGUGCAAAUGGCAACUCCGGCCCUAUGCCUCCUCCUCGAAGCUUCGGCCGUGACAAGCUGAUUGGCAAGACAGUCAUCAUCCGCAAGGGCGCAUACAAGGGACUUCUCGGCAUUGUAAAAGACACUAUGAAUGACGAAGCACGGAUCGAGUUGCACACCAAGAACAAGCAGGUGUCUGUCAAGAAAGAGCUUCUAUCUAUCAAGGACCCGAUCACCGGAAACAGCAUGCCUAUCGGCGGUGGUAAGUUUCCAGAUCGCUCGCGCGGAGGCUACUCUGGCUCUACACCAAGCUAUAACAGUGGCAGUGGACGCACACCAGCCUGGGGCAACGGCGGUGGCCGAACGCCUGGCUGGGGUGGCGGUGGUGCUGCUGGCGGUCGUACACCAGGUUGGGGAGGAGGCGGCGGUGGUCGCACUCCUGGCUGGGGGGGUGAUGGCGGACGCACAGCUUAUGGCGGCGGUGAUGGAGGCCGUACAGCUUAUGGCGGAGCAACAGCAUAUGGUGGCGCUACUUCGUAUGGAGGCGCGACAUCGUAUGGUGGAGGCACGGCAUACGGCGGUAACGAUGGCAACCGUACCGCCUAUGGAGGGUUCAACUCUGGCGGUCGUACGCCUGGUUGGGGAGGCUCUGGAUCCGGCAACACAGCGUCCAAGUCGAACCUCUCUGCACCCACCCCUGGAGCUUACAAUGCUCCUACACCAGGUGCAUAUGCGGCGCCGACACCUGGUGGUUAUGGUGCCUACUCUGCACCUACACCUGGCGGUCCCAUGGACGCUCCUACGCCAGGCAACUACUCUGCACCUACACCAGGAGACCGCUAUGGCGUCACACCGGCGGCUGCACCGACGCCAGGAGCAUGGGAUAUAUCGACACCUGCACCGAGCGGCGAGGAUCCUGUGUACCAUUGAAUGUCAUCGAAAUUAUAUAAUAGAAGCUUUGUCCGCACGAGGCUGUUUGCGAGGAGCUUAGCAGGCUAUCUGCCAAUUGUCUUACACAG